AUGGGUAGCUUUAGUUGCUCUAAUGGCGUCUUGGAUUCAUCUGAGUUGGACUGCAACCCAUUAGAUGCAGAGGAAUUUAGAAAGCAAGCUCAUGUAGUUGUGGACUUCAUAGCCGAUUAUUACAGAGAAGUGGAGAAAUACCCAGUGAGAAGCCAAAUGGAGCCCAAUUAUCUCCGGAAUAAGUUGCCGGAAACUGCCCCCGAAAGGCCGGAAAGCCUCGAAACUAUCCUCGAAGAUGUCAAGAAAUACAUCAUCCCUGGUCUAACUCACUGGCAGAGCCUCAACUUCUUUGCGUACUUUCCCGCGACUGGAAGCACCGCGGGGUUCUUGGGCGAGAUGCUUUGUACGGCCUUCAAUGUAGUUGGCUUCAGCUGGAUCGCCUCACCUGCUGUGACGGAGUUGGAAUCUGUGGUCACCGAUUGGUUGGGGAAACUGCUGUCGUUGCCGGAAUCCUUCUUGUUUUCCGGCACCGGAGGUGGCGUCAUACAUGGGAGUGCUAGCGAGGCCAUGCUCUGUGCGCUCGUUACCGCAAGAAACAUGGCUCUUGAAGAGCUCAAACCCCCAAAUAUGAAGAAGUUGGUUGUCCACUCUUCUGACCAGACCCAUGCAGCUUUUGGGAAGGCUGCCAUGAUUGCCGGCAUCUCCCCGAAAAACCUCCGGGUUAUCCCAACUUCGGUAGCCUCAGACUUUGCCCUCUCCCCUGUACCUUUUGAAGCCGCUCUAGUGGCAGAUAUGGCGGCUGGGCUCACACCUUUUUUCUUGUGCGCCACCGUUGGGACCACCUCAUCUGGUGCGGUGGACCCCUUGGAGGGACUUGGGCUCGUCCCAAACAAGUACAAUGCGUGCGUUCAUGUGGAUGCAGCAUAAGCCGGCAAUGCAUGCAUAUGCCCGGAGUUCCGGCACUACCUCAACGGUGUAGAGCUUGCUGAUUCUUUCAGCAUUGGCCCACACAAGUGGCUCUUGACCUACAUGGAUUGCUGCUGUACAUGGGUGCGGGACACUCGUGCGCUGGUGCGAGCACCGGGUACAAGCACAGAGUACUUGAAGAACAGGGCCACAGACACCAAGAAUGUAGUAGACUACAAGGAUUGGCAGAUAGCCCUGACCCGGCGGUUCAGGUCAAUCCGGCUGUGGCUGGUGCUGCAGAGCCAUGGUGCUGUGAGGUUACAGAGCCACAUACGGAGUGACGUGGGAUUGGCAAGGCGAUUUGAGAUGCUGGUGCGAGGAGACAGGAGGUUCGAGGUGGCCGCGAAGAGGAGGUUCUCAUUAGUGUGCUUUCGGUUGGUGAGGGGCGGACCGGAGCUCAACGCAGCGUUACUCGAGGCUGUGAACGCAUCCGGCCGCGCCUACAUAACCCACACUGUGAUUGGGGGGAUCUAUGUCCUACGAUUUGUGGUUGGAGUUGCACUCACCCAAGAGCGGCAUGUGGAUGAAGCAUGGAAGGUCAUACAAGAGCAGGCUGAACUCCUUAUGUGA